AUGUCUGACAUCAAAGAUGAAAUCAAUACAUUAGAAAUUGUUUUAGAUACUAAUGACUUAUCUGAGCUUUUUAGUGUCAGAUCAAAUUUAUAUUCAUACAGAAAUAUUCCAAACGUAAUUGUGCCAUCGUUACCAAAAUUAAUUUUAGAAAAGUUCCCAGAGGAAGACAUUUGUAGACUGUUUGGGGCCUUAUCAUUCACUUCUUUAACACCAGAUGAACAUGACAAUAGCAUGAAAACAACACAGAAAUCACCAGAAGCUGGAUCCUCUACUCCAGUCAAAAACAUACUUGAUGAACCAGAGACUGUCACCACCAAAGACACUGGGUAUGACAAACUUAACAAUGUGGAGUGUCUGGGUGAUGAAGAAAUCUGGACAAGAGGACAAUAUGACAACACAAUAAAACUCUACAGCAUCAAUCAGGGAUCACUACUUAAGUCAAUCACAACCAAGUCAGGAAACUAG